CGCAAGCACACCUUCAAACACAUACAGAAGGCGGAGAGAAACUAAAGAAGGAAGAGGACGAAUGAGAAUGAUAUUGUAGAGUUAGGAGAACGAGAUUGCGGUGUAGAGACUCCGUUCUUGUUCUCUGCGAGUUAGGAAACAGAGAAAGAGAGACAGAGACAGAGCCUCUGGGACAGGCGAUCAACGGUGGCGAAUCCUAGAAGCCUUCGUUCGUUUUUCUCCUCGGUGCUGUCGAGCCGUUUCUGGAAGAGCUGCCAACAAGAAGCAGGAGGAGAAGGAGAAGGAGGAGAUAAAGAAGAAGAAGGCUUGAUGGAGUCAAGGCAUCUGCAGGCUCCUGUGGCAACUCUGCAGCAGAGAGGUGCUGCUGCUUCACCAGGCAGAAAGCAGAAAGCGGCCGCAGGAGGUGACGAAAAGAACCGAAGAGCGCUUGGAGACAUCGGAAAUCGUGUUUACUUUCGAGAUGUCGACGGAAAAGUGCAGCCUCAGAUUUCUCUCCCUGUGGCUAGAUUUGCCGCUCAAGUGUUGGAGAAUGCACAACCUGCCGAACCUGACAAGAAGCCAGCAUUUGUAGCUGCCAAUGUAAGAGGAAAAGAAGGUGCGAAAGCUGCGAAGCAGAAGGCUGCAGUCAAGCCAAAAACUGAGGAAGUAAUUGAAAUCAGUUCAGGAGAUGAAGGUGCAAAAGCUGCUGAGCAGAAGGUCUCAGUAAACCUCAAAACAGAGGAAGUAAUUGAGAUCAGUUCAGGAAAUGCUGAUAGGAGAACUUCCAGGAAGAAGGUUCACACCCUCACUUCCGUACUUACUGCUCGAAGCAAGGUUGCUUGUGAAGUCGUCCAUAAACCAAACAAUCUGGCACACGAUAUUGAUGAGUUGGAUGCAGACGAUGAGUUAGCUGUUGUCGAUUAUGUGGAAGACAUAUAUAGCUUCUACAGAUUCGCUGAGAGAUACAGCAGACCUCGUGAUUACAUGGGUUCCCAGGUCGAGAUCAAUGCGAAGAUGAGAUCGAUUCUUGCCGACUGGCUGACUGAAGUGCACCGCAAGUUUGAGCUGAUGCCCGAGACACUAUACCUAACGUUCUACAUAGUCGAUGCAUACCUCUCAGUGGAAACUGUUCGGAGGAGGGAGUUGCAGCUUGUGGGGGUGAGCUCCAUGCUCGUCGCCUGCAAAUAUGAGGAGAUAUGGGCUCCUCAGGUUAAUGACUUCAUCUACAUUUCCGACCGCGCAUAUGGCAGAGAGCAGAUCCUGGCGACAGAGAAAGCAAUCUUGAACAAGCUUGAAUGGAACCUUACUGUUCCCACGCCGUAUGUUUUCCUUGUGCGUUUUCUCAAGGCGGCCAUGUCCGAUGAGGAGAUGGAGAACAUGGCAUUUUUCUUCGCGGAGUUGGGUUUGAUGCACUACUCGAUGGUCAUCAAGCAUCGCCCGUCCAUGCUCGCUGCCUCGGCGGUCUACGCCGCACGGUGGACGCUGGAGAGGAGCCCCCGGUGGACCGAGACGCUCGAGCGGCACACGGGAUACGAUGAGCUGCAGUUGGGGGACUGCGCGCAGCAUUUGCUGAGCUUCCAUGCGUCGGCCGCCGAGAGCAAGCUCAGAGCCGUCUACAACAAGUACUCCAGCUCGCGACGAGGAGCUGUCGCGUUGCGUUCUCCCGCUACGAAGCCGCUUUGAGGAGUUGAAGUCCCUACUUCAUUGGUGUUUUGCUCUGGUUUGCUGCAUUGUUUGUGGAUUCUGCGCAAAGAUCGGUUUUUUAUGUGAAGUAGUAGCAUUGUAAAGCUGCACUGGAUGAACAUCACUGUCCUUUAUUUGGUGAAUUAAGCAAGUGUUGCUCAAAUUGUAUCACAUUAUAAACA